CAUUCCUUCCAAUUUCCAACGGAGAGAUGUCGUAACAACUGGCGGUAAUGACGAAGGCUACAGAUUUCCUCUUUCUGUCUUCUUUUGAAAUGCAUCGAAGUACUUAAUCGAACUUAAAUCAGCCGGGUCUCUCAAAAUAUAUUACAUGUGUGUAUGUAUUGUAUGUGUGUGUUUUUUUUCUUCUUCAUUUAAUAGCUUUAAAAGAAUUGUCAUUAGAACCAGUUUGUCAUCUUCAUCUUACUCCAUUCUGCUGACAACAUCAGUUUGUAAUUUUCUUCGACGACUUCCCUUUCAAUUUAUUUAAUUAUCUCUCUAUUUAUAUAUUUAAUUAAAUAUUUAUUUAUUCAUUAACAAGUCGACACUCUUCUCUUUAUUUCUAAUACACUCCACACACGCGUUAUCUAUCUACGUCUCAUCUCUCUUCUCAAUUUUUCUUUUAUUCCGUCAAUUUCUCAUCAGUUAACCAAAUAUUUAAUUUACUCUAUUAAAAUAGGUUCACAUCUCUCAUUCUUAAAGAUUAAUUUAAACAAUUUUGUUAUUUUAAAUUCUGGAAUUCCUUUAUGUGAUAAUCUCCGCAAGAAAUUCACCAAAAUUUCCCAAAUUUUGUAACCGUUUAGGAACAACAUGUCAAAACAGUUGUUAAUUUUAUUGUAAUAUUUUAUCCAGCCACUGUUCAUCAUAAAGAUCCCUUCCUAACGAGCUUCAUUAUUGAAUUUUUUUCUCUCUCGUUAAAUCUUCAUUUAAAAACAUGAAUAAAAUAAGGGAUCUCUAACCAUUUCUUUUGUCUCUCCUACAUUAAUUAAUUCUCGACUUGUUAGUGGUUUUAGCAACGCAUCGUUGUUAAUUGUUUAGUUUUAAUUAAACUCCGGAUCCAAAUCUGUCCGGCUCUUGAUCUAAAUCGCAUAAUAAAUAUAUAAAUACUCACAGAUUCUGUCCACACCCAUACUCGACGUGUAUGUGUGGAAGACAGAGUGACUAUGUGUAUAUCCAAGUAUGUACACAAACCCUCACUCACAUGGAUACAACUAUACAGACAUAAUCGGUGUAUUAUUACCGUAUAUUUCAACACACAUAUAUACACACACACACAGACAUAGCAACACAGUCGUGUUUAAAUAACUAGGUGCUAAGAAACCUUUGCAUUAUCUUAAUUUAUCCAUUUAUUACUCGCAGGAUUUAGCUGAUUCUUUCUCGUCUGACCCCAGAUCAUUCUGCCCUGGACACACACACGCACUUAUGCACAAACAGGCAUGCACACACACACAGACGAGCAUUGGGGCACAACCCGUUCUGAAUGAGGUUUUUUUUUCGUGUGUGUGUGUGUGUGUAUAUGUGUAUACAUAUACGUGCAUAUGUGUGUGUGUACUCUGACGCAGUUGCUCGUCACCCGAAAUGAAUGAACUACUGCUACACAAUUUGGUAGCGCACAUGAUCGCUUGCAAAGAGGAAAGUCUUAUUUUCCUUCUUUCACUCAACACUUGAUUCAUUCAUAACAGUGAAAACACACACAUACACACCCACGGAAAGAAAAGAAAACAAAAAGAAAAAGAAAAAAACUUAGCUCCAAUCCUAAAUAAUAUCUAUUCAUCAUCUUUUAUAUUCCUCUACAUGUGCGUAUGAAGAAGGUAAAAUAUAUUAUUAUUUACACAUGUAUACAUAUAGUCUCGACGCUUUACGACUACUUCCCGUUCACAAACGAACGUUUGAUCUCUAAAAAGACAGAGUGACAUCUCUCUCUCUCUUGCUCUUUGUAUAUAUAUAUAUAUACACAUAUUAUAUACAUAUAUAUAUAUUGGGAUGAUGCAAAAUACACGGGAUUAACUGAUAGCUGUGAUUUCGGCUUAAAUUAAAAUUGUUUGGUCGUUAUUGAUUUGAUUGAUUGAUGUUCACGAUAACAUCUAUCCACUGUACGUCAUCGCUAUGUUGGGUACCUUAGUCCGCAGUAGUUUUGCCAUUGCACAUACACGACCGCCGUACACACGAUGUGUGUCGAACACGUUUGAUUAGAAAAGAAGACAGAUGCCAUGGAGAGCACCGAUACAUAUCCGUCCCCGAACCCAGGCUCUGGUAGCACAGAGACCAUCCUGAUUCUGGAACCCAAGUCUUUCAAACCAUUUAAAAGCAAAGAUGAGUAUCUUUAUGCCAUGAAGGAAGAUCUGGCAGACUGGUUUACCUGUCUCUAUAAAAAGUCCAUCAACGUAGAUAAUUUCUUCGAAAUCUUAGAGACCGGGGUCGAAUUGUGUAAGCAUGCGAACGAAGUCCGAAAAUUCGCCCUGGACCAACAAAAGAGACUCUCUACCAAAUCUCAGUUCAUACGUGAUAUUCCUCAAACUGAGAUUCAAUUUCGUAAAGAGGUGAAAGCACAGACUUUUCAGGCCAGAGAUAAUGUGUCUAACUUUAUAUCGUGGUGUCGAGAACUGGGAAUACCGGAGGUUCUCAGGUUCGAAACCGAUGAUUUGGUUUUACGAAAAAAUGAACGAAGUGUGGUUCUCUGCUUAUUGGAAGUGGCUCGGGUUGGUGCCAAGUUUGGCAUGCUGGCCCCCACAAUUGUACAAAUGGAAGAAGAAAUCGAAGCAGAACUAGCCGGUGAACCACCACCUCCCAGGAAACAGAUUAUUACCUGUGAUUUGAAGUCCCUCGAUGAAAUGGUGCGAGAAUUAGUAGGAAAAUGCACUUGUCCAUCACAGUUUCCAAUUAUAAAAGUUGGCGAAGGAAAAUAUAAAAUUGGUGAUUCACAGACUUUAAUAUUUGUACGGAUAUUACGGAACCAUGUGAUGGUGCGUGUUGGUGGUGGUUGGGAUACUUUAGAAAAUUAUUUGGAUAAACAUGAUCCAUGUCGAUGUCAUUACAAAGCCACACCUCAGAUGAAAGUCAUCAAUAAUCGUACCACAGUCCAUCAUCAGGGUCACCGAGUAAACCCUGCUUCACAAUCACCCGUGGUCAAACGACAAACUGAACGGAGAGCUAGUGCCCCUGGUGGUCAAAUCUUAGCAGAACACCUUGGCCAGAGAAGUCCUAAAAAAGUCCUGAUGACCGGUGGCGGUUCUGGUAACAAACAAGGAAAUUAUGUUUCAACCACACCCCCUCGCUCUCAGUCUCCAGUAGCUGAAAGACUCAACAAAAAAACUGGUAAUUUCCACUCGAGCGCCGAAAAUAUCAGCAAUUUGUCACGGAACCUGUCUACCUCUCCUGCAAAGCACCAUCCGUAUUCAGCUAGUUCUAAAAUGGCUCCGCCAUCCUCUUACCAGAGGCUGCAGUUCUCUCCAACCAAGAGAACUAUGUCACCGGCAUCUUCAUCUAGUCUCAAUCUUUGGACUGCGGCCAUGCUGGGGCACUGCUUUAACAGAUCGUCUGCCUCUUCAUCAUUAAGUGCAUCUUCUGAAAAAUUGAGUGAUGUGGACCCUAAAGAACGUUCCGGAAAACUAGAUAUGAAUCAAAUUAGUACCAUGACCUUGGAGCAGUUCAAAAAUCUGCUCAACAACCAAAUUGUGCCGGCGCCGAAAGACGGUAGCAACAUCAGCAGUUCUGUAGAGUCGAACCUCUCGCAGGCAGCAUCGACAACCGGAAGUAACUGUUCCAGUACCAAAAGCAGUCCUUCCAAAGUUUCCCGGCUUCAGUAUCCAGGACAUAAUAACAAGGAUGUUUCUAAAACUCAACCUACAGACCAGAAAUUUUCCAAUCUUCAUCAGAAUACGCAGAGCCUUAGAAUUCCGAGUAGCCGGACGCGUUCUCCGUCUCCUGAGUCCAAAAUUUGUAUGAAACCCUCUGAAAGUAAUUCCAGUUCGAUCUCUAACCUAAAUCAACACAGAGAUGUCACCAAAGGCAAAUCCAGUAGUCUCCUUCCAAAGCCGAACACUCCAGCUUCAUUGCAUAUAAACGGAGAUUCCAAAAUCCCCAUGAAAUCUCCUUCACAAGACUCAAGUAGACCUUGUACAUCUCAAAGUACAAGCCCCAGCUCUACCAAUUCCCAGUUUUCUUGUCCUGUCACUCCAAGUGAUAAAAGUUCUGUGUUUGAUACACCAAAGCAAGAGAGAAAAUAUAGUCGUAAUAACAAGAGUCUACGUCAAUCGAUGGAGGACCUUUCCUUGGGAACUACUAAGAAGUCUUCAUCAAAAUCUAAAAUUGCAAUUCCUAGGUCCACUACCCCUGGACCAAGAGAUUUAGACAGUGGACACAAACUGUCAGUGAAUGUCCCUAGGAGAGCUUCGACUCCAGGUAUUCAGGAAUUCACACAUCGACGAGCGGCAAAGCAGUACUCAACUGACGAUACUCAGUCUUCCGCUGAUGAAGAUAACGAAGCACUCACCCCAACACCAGGUCGUCGUGGUAGUCUUCAGUCUCAGAGUGGCCUCUCUUCUCGGUCGUCAUCUACUCAGAGUCUGAAUACGAGACGAGAUCUGACAAUGGAUGAGACAAAGAACAAGCUAUUGUUGCCUAGUUAUGUUGACAGAUGGCACCGCAGCAAGCGUUCUGCUUCGGCUGUACGCUACAACAGUAAAGAAAGCCCCCAAGUAAUUACUGUUUCGAGAACAAACUCAGGAGGUCACACUGUGUCCUUAGCUAAAGCUCAGGGCGUCCCCAAAAUGAGUUCAGGGGUUGCAAAAUCAAGCAAAAAGGAUGCCUCCAAAGAUGCCGUUGGAGACAUGUCACGGCCUGAUCGGAAAAUUUCCCAGUCUCCCAAAGUGGGGCGAGCCAAACACAUGGCAGCUAGUUCAAGUUUGAAACCCCGAUCUCAGAGUGUUGAUAGAUUCUCUCAGCGCCAAAGACUGGACAGUACAAGCAGCAUGGAAGAUGGAGCAGACUUGGCUCAGAACAAAACACGUCCACUGGGUCAACGUCUGUCUGAGUUGUCGAAGCCAGGAGCAACCAAGAACAGCACCGCAGCCCAUGGCAGCAAUGUGAAGUACAGUCGUUCACAACGGGCUGCAUCGUUAGCUAAACGACCUCCUCCAGCUGCAGAACCUGAAGAUAACUGUGAUUAUGACCUGACUCCCUAUCCUCUGGAAGCAAUCAAAGCAGCUCUGAUUCCAGUCAAUGGUAUCAUGCCGAAAGUCUCAGACCCCGAAGAGCUUGAUGCUCCACCUGAAGAUCCAGAAAUGUACGAAAAAAUGGAAAGACUUUUUGAAGUUUAUCGCCAGAAGGAGUUGCAGGAUAUGGUGAAAGCGACCGACAGCACCAAUGCUGCAAUGGAUCUGUUUGAUAGCGUCGAUAAUGAGUCCCAGGGAAACUGUACUGAUGCCUCUUCACUGGACAGUAAUGCUAACCAACCCUAUAGUUCACGUUCUUCACGAACCAACUCGAGACGUUCAUCGAUCCAAAGAAACUCCGACAACGAUUCUGUCGAGAAAAUAUCAGCAGCACUUCAAGAACUUAGCAGAGUUCCAACUUCUCAGGAAUCUAUCGAAACAAGAAUUCCAAAAUCUCGAAUUCCGAGUGCACACACUUCUCGUAUUCCAGCCGCAUCAACUAAAGAUUUAUCUAGCAAAGUUUCUGCAUCUCGGAAUGGUGUCAGUGCUAUGUAUUCCGAGCUGAACUAUUCCGAUGAGAAUGCUUCGGGUUCCAGUUACCUUGAUUACUCGGAGGUAACGAAGCGAGGGUCGCAAGAAAACCUGGGAAGCACGUCUCGACGAACCUCUUGUAGUGACGACAGCUACGUCUCGACAUCAGAUGCGAGCACAAACAAUGCGGGGGGGACGCGAGCAGACACUCAGGUGCCGAAGCUCACCAAGCCUUUGACCACUGGCCGCCAGCGUUUCCUGAAUGCUCGCCAAAGGGAAACGAGGAGCAAAGACAGGACAAACUUUAUCAAGGUGGUUUCUGACUCUUCCUUUGAAGAUAGUUACCAUGACAACAGGACAUACACAAAAAGUAAUGCUAGUGAAGAUAAUUAUGAUGACGAUGAUGAUGAAUUAUAUUGAUUUUAUUACAGGUCAUUGGAGAAUAUUCUGGAGUGAUAGCAUCAUUGAAAACAUAAAUUAUUAGGAUUAUUAUUAUUAUUAUUAUUAAAUAUCAUUUUUCGAUUUUUUUUUUUCGUUGUUAAUGCCAUUAUUUUAAUUCCUUGCCAUGUCUGAUGUUUCUGUUAAGUGCCAGACCAUUUUUGUUGUUGUUGUUUUGUUUGUUUUUAUAUAUUUUUUCUUACACUUCAGAAUUUAUUUUUUUUUUUUCAAAACUGAAAGUUAAGAAUUGGUGGUGAUGGUUGUGGUGCUGGUGGUGGUGGUGAUGGUAAUGAUGAUAAUUAUUUUGCUCUCUUUUUUUUUUAUUGCCACAAGAACAUACCCUCCUCUCCCCUCUGAAAAUUAAAAAAAAAAUUAAAACAUUAUCUUACAAAUAAAUAAAAAGUAAAUAGAUGAAUAAAUAAUAAUAAUAAUAAUAAAAAUAAUAAUCAUGCUUGGUGAGAACAAAUAAAAUCCCUGCAGAAUUUAGUUAUGUCUCUUUAUAUUCUGGGUUCAAAUCCUACUGAGUGAGCGGUGUCAAAGUGGAAGGGGGGGGG